CACAGUAUAAUAGUAAUAACAAAAGGUGUAGGCUGAUUAUUAUCGAAAUAACUUUAUAAUCCAGAUAACGUAAUGGUCCAUCCUCCGGUUGAGAAUUCGGAGGAUUUAGAGGACGGUGAGAUAGAAACUGAUGAUGAGGACAAUAAUAAACCACCAGAACCUAUUAAGCCUGUAGAAAUUGUUAAGCCACAAUCCCCAGUUACACUGAAAACUUCAGAAAAUGCCAAAUACAGUGAUAAAAAGCCAUAUUAUAAAGAAAAAUAUAAGAAAUCCAGCAAACACAGCAAAGAAAAAAGAUCUAAGAGUAUCUCUGAAUCAAAUCACUGUGACAUUAAUAAUGAAGAUGACUGGGCAUCUAAUGUUGAAAAAGCUAUUGCAAAUGCAAUAAGAAAAGAAAGUGAUAAUAAUGACACUAAUUCAUGUGAUAAUAAGGAUAAUAAGGAAGGAAGUAAAGAUAGUCGUGGUAGAAAAAGAAGAAAUAAAUCUUCCAAAGGAUCUUCCAAUAAGGAAUCUUCCAGUAAAAGGCCUAAAGUUGAAAAAGUCAAGGAACCUAGCAUACCUGAUGAAGAUAUUGAUGAAGAUGAACUUCUUGGUAUUAGGGGUGGCAGUCCUAUUAAUAACCUUCCAAACCCUUUGAAAAUUGAAAACUUUUCAGUUGAUACCAUCAACCAGUAUGAUUCUUACUCCAGUGGAGAAAGUCAUGAUUCAGAUGGCUCACGAAUUUUUGAUGAUCGUUCAAAACGUAGGCAGUCAAGAGGAACUUCAAGAAGACAUGAGAGAAAGGGGUUUAAACGGCGUAAUAACUCCAGCAGCAGGGAUUGCCAUCCUCUACAAGAACCAGAUGGAGUCUGUUUAUUUUUUUAUGCAAGGAAAAUGUCAAAAGAACAUCAUGUUAAUUGGCAAUUCAUUGUUUUGUUUGUUAAGAAUGAUGACUGUCAAUAUUCUCAUGAUGCGGAACCGACUCGUAAAAUGGAAUUGUGUAAAUUCUAUUUGAUGGACUGCUGUGCUAAAAAAGAUAAAUGCCUAUAUUUGCAUUCAGAUUUUCCUUGCAAAUUUUACCAUAUGGGUUUAAAAUGUUUUCAAAAGGAUGAUUGUAAAUUUGCUCAUGGGAAACCUUUGACCAGUGAUUUUAAAAAUAUUCUUUUGAAGCAUAUAGAAACAGCUCCAAAAGAAAUUCUUGGAGAUUUUCCACGUCUCAGUAGAGAAGGUGCUUUGAAUAUGGUUAAUGCAACACAACAGAAACUUAUGGAGCAACAAAAAACCCAUGGGGUUACAAAAUCUCCAAUACCUUCAUUAUUUGAAUUAAAUAUUCCCAAGCCUAAAAGUUUAGAAGUUAAAAGUAGCAGAUCCAGUAAAACAUCUUCGGGUGUCAGAAAAUCUAGGUGGUGUAAUUCUCAACAUUCAUCUGAUCCUAAUGCUAAAUCAUCUUCCAGUUCAUCACAAAACCAUAAUACAAAUCAAAACCAAAAUUAUUUAAGUAUUCAGAAUUUAAAUGGAUUGCUUACAUCCAAACAAAUAAAUGAGUUAUCAUUACUGGGAGUAACUAAAUUAGAUGAACUCAACCAAUUAACAGUGAAGCAAUUGAAUGAUCUAGGAAUUACAAUGAUUCAGAUUAAUGAGAUUCAACUGAAUGCAUUGAAUAUUCAAAAAAUAACAAAUUUGACGGCUUCUAAUUCCAAGGCUGGGAUACCAUUUACGGCUGAAAAUGGUAAAGAUUUAGAUUUGAGAAUACCACCACCACAGCUGAGAAAUGAUAUAGUUUCUUUAGAGACAUGUAAUAAAGAUGUAGACAUGCGAAUGAUGCCAAUAAAAAAUAGUGAUAAAAAUAAUUUGAAUACAGUUGAGAUUAUGCCUGAUUUGGGUGUUAAUAAAAAAGACAAUUCGCAAUACUCCACACAAAAUAAAGUCGACGAGAAGUUUUUAACAGAAAAUAAGAUGCAAGCAGCUCCUGUGAUCGAUUUUUCGCAAUAUCUUAAAGAUUCUAGAUUAAAUUUGGAUAAGGAGGUAAGAAGCAAUGAUAUUGAUGAUCGAAAAAAUGAAGAAGGAAAAGAAAAUGAAAACAAUACCAAAUUGUUCAAAAAAUCACUUGAGAAUAAACUAGAUGGUGAUAAUAAAGUGGAUGUGAUGUCUAAACUUACUAGUGAAAUUGACAAACUCUUAGACAGUGUAGUUGAUGAUGAUGAAGCUUUACAAAUUGAUGAAAAUUUGUAUUAUUCUGACGAAGGAGCUCAAGAAACUAAUGUUAACUCAAAUGAUGAGGUUAAUCUGGAUAACAGUAAGGAGGAAAGCAAAAACAAUGAGAAGAAAAUAGAAAUAAGUUACCUACCUGAGUUGCCUGCAUCUUACAGUGCUAAUCUGAUAUCUUCUAACUGUGAUAGCAUGGAAAUAAAAUCUCCUGAGAUAGAAAAGCAGGAUACUAAUUCAGCACCAGAAGCCCAGUGUGAAUCAGAAGCUGAUACUGACUUUCGGAAGAAUGCUGAUACGGAUCUGCGGCGAACUACUUUUGGUGAUACAGAUUUACGACAUGUGAGGAUGGACACUGACUUAAGAAGAGUUCCUAAAGAUAUAGAUUUAAGGAAAAGUAAAAUAAACAAAGAUGUUGACUUAAGACUCACUUCAUCUCUAGAAAUGCCGUUUAAACCAGUGACCCAAUAUACACCUGCAUCUGAAAUAGAUGGCUCAAUAACUUCCCAUCCUCCUAUUAUUUAUAAAGUGUAUGAAAUUGAAGUUUCUGCUCCUGAUUAUAGUAAUAUCAUUCGAUCUAUUCCGCAAUCUCAAGCUUUAAUAGAUCCACGGUUAAAAAAGAUUUUUAAAUUAUCUUCAGAUUCUCCAAAAACUGUAGAAGAGCCUGCCCCUGAAUCUGUUAAUUCUGCAGAUGCAGCACCAAAAAAAACAAGGGUGGACCCUAGAAAACGUAAAGUGGAAAUUGUAGAAGUGCCAAAUUUAUCACCAAAAGCAUCAGUUUUAGACAUUCAAGUUGUAUUACAAACUUCCGAUUGGUACAAAGAAUUAAGUACAAAUCAAAAAAUUAUGGUUAAUCAACAACUGGCAGCCGUUUCAGGAUUAUUGAAACAGUUCAAUCAAGAUAAAAAUCCUAAUAAAAUUUUUGAUCUUGCUCCCAUCAAAUCAAAUCCUAUUUUAUGCUCAAUUCUCCAUAAUUUAGGUAUUUAUCUAACAGAAAAUGGUCAGUUUGCUUAUAUUAAAGAUAGUGUUGAACUAAAUAGAAAUCCACCAAUGAUAGAAUCUAUUCCACCUCACAUAAAUAUGGGCCCAGUUUCUAUGGGUCCUUGUAUGAACCAGUUGCCCAUGAUGCCUGGAAAUAUGAUGAAUCCUACGGGUUUUGAUAAUAGAUUUCAACCUGGAGAUCCUAGAGUGGGCAAUGGAUUAUUGGGACCUGCUCCAAAUAUGCCUCUUGAUGGAUAUAAUAUUAAUGGACAAUAUAAUCAUGAUAAUUACAAUCAAAACUUUAUGAAUUAUGGAUUCAAUAAUGAUCUCCCAUGUGAUGAAGAAAAUUAUUACAAUAUGAAUCAUAAUAACAUGAAUCCUAAUAAUAUGAAUCCUAAUAAUAUGAAUCUUAAUAAUAUGAGAGGUAAUAGAAAUGAUGUUCCCCAUAGCAAUCAUGAACACUGGAACAAUAGGCAUGAUCGAAAUAUUGGCCCUAGAAGAAAUUUUAAUGAUAGAGGGCGAGGUGGCGGUCAUAGACCACGGGAUCGAGGUGGGGGUUCUAGGAAGGAUAAGAAGAUGAAUAGGAAAUAA